AUGCCCUUGCCGUUUGUGACUGUGACCUUUGCAAAGGAUUUCCAUGUAGACAUACUCCGGACCUUGCUUGCUGACGCCUACAACAUCUACCCGCUCUAUGUGGAUCUGGAGGACGUUGGUCAUGCUGGCGUAGCUCGCUCUAGGGUUUAUGUUGUCGUCGUCACGAAGAUGUAUCGCGUGCUGGCGAAUCCACAAGACAUCUACGAGAAGGUCGCACGGGAGUUGCGAUUGCGAUUCUUUACCAGACCGUGGGACUACCUCACAGCAAGCAGUCUGGAAGUUCAGUGCGAAGCUCUGGAAGCUGCGCGACUCGGGAAGAAACUUUACCAGCCCGACCAGAGCGACCUUACAUACCUGCUGAGUGCACGAGAGCGUGAAGUGGUGGAGAAGCUGAGCAGGAAGUACGAGGAGAUGUUUGGAACCCCAGCAGAAUCCGACCGUGACCUGGUGUUCUUCCUUGGAGACAGUGCCGAGUGGUGCACGUGGAGCGCCACGUCAAGGAAGAUUCCUACGUUCCGCCGCAAUGCUGGGAGUGCUAAGUACUGGUUUCCAUGCGAGAAGCGGCUGACAGCUCUCACCUUUCCAGUACGCAGUCCUGUGGGACAAGCUGCAGGACUGCCUGUGCUACAGGCCAUGGAUGUGAAGCGUGCCUCGCAGCUAGCUGGAAACGCCAUGGCGUUGCAAGUUGCCGGCCUUGUACAGAUGGUGGCACUUAGCUGCUUUUCACCGGUAGCAGAAGUUCCCGGGCCAGCCUAG